CAAAAACAAAAACCACGUGUUGAUGAAAACAAGGUUUGGUGAGGCUGAACAAAGUUUGAAAAAUACGCGUUGAUUCAAAAUUUAAGAAUCUUGUAGCAGGAUGACAAAAAGUAACACGCCCAAGCCAGGCCCUAAAACUCCUAAAACACCAAAUCUGAGAAAUUCAAAUGUUGGUACACCCAAAAUGGCACUCAAUAAAUCUAUUAAUAAAACGCCUAAAUUACCAAACACUCCCUCUGGUGACAACAAAAAAGCUCAACAGACGCCGAAAUCAGUGAAACAGAAUUUGAAUACGCCAAAAAAUCAGAAGACACCUAAAAAUACAAACACUCCAGCUAAAACACCUGUGACUAAAAAUAAAACACCAAAGACAGAAACUCCAGCACAGUCUCCGGGACAACAAUUGAAAAAAAAAACUCCAGCUUCCCAAAAAGUUGCAAAGACACAAAAUGGGGUGAAGGCAACCCCCAAAAAUCAGACACCAGCGAAGACUCCUACUUCAAAACUGAAUGGAAAGGGGAAAAACUCUGUCAAAAACCUAACGAAGCAAACACCAAAAGGAACAGCAGGAAACAAAAAAAGUCCAGUUUCAAGUAAAAAGGCUGUGAUUAAAACUGAAGAAAGUGAUGAAGAUGAUGAUGACGAGGAAGAUGAUGAUUUUGAUAUGGAAGAAAUGGAAAAUGAUGAUGAUUCUUUAGAAGAUGAUGAUGAUGAUGAUGAUGAUGAUGAUGCAGUUGGUGACAAUAUUAGAAACACCAUUUUGGACAAAUAUCUUAAAAUGGCAGCUGAGGAUGAUGAUGAGGAGGAGGAUGAUGAUGAAGAUGAUGAUGAAGAAGAAGAUGACGAAGACAUCAAGGAUAUAGAAUUGUUGAAAGGAGGCCAGAAAAGAAAAACUGAGGCAAACCAGAAAGCAAAAGCAGCUGAACCAAAAGCAAAGGUGGCUAAAGAUACAAAACUAACAGCUAUAAAGGACAAGGCAAUUAAAACAGAACCUAAAGUUGGAGAAAAACGCAAAGCAGAAAAUGAAGGACCAAAAGCUAAAGUCUCCAAACCAGAUGAAAAACAGAAACAAAAAGAGAAACAAAAACCCAAGAAAGUUGUGAAAGAAGAGAAAAUAGAUCCAGAACAAGAAAAGAAAAAUCGCAAGAUAUUGUUCAUUAAGAAUUUACCUCAAGAAGUGACAGUAGAUGAAAUCAAAGCUUUAAGUAAAGAUAUUCAAGAUGUCCAUCUGAGAAAAAGUCAUUUUAAACUUGGAAAAAAAAGUUGGUUUGCUUUCCUGUUUUUUACCAAUGAAACAAUAACUGAUAAAAAUCAUAAAUUGAUUUCAAGUAAAAAACUUCAUGAUAAGGAUGUUGUGGUGGAUUUUGUUGGAGAAAAAAGUAAAAAUAAAAAAUUGUCCAAAUAUUCUUCAGAUUAUGAAUUAGAUCCAUUAAAAUUAUAUGUGACUGGUUUUGAUGAAACAUGUACAGACAAAGAUUUAAAGAAACUGUUCCCUAAAUGUGACAAUAUACACAUGCCCAAACGUAAAAAGGGAGCUCUUCAUGGGUUUGCCUUUGUAUUUUUCACUAAACCUGGGGAUGCCCAACAAGCUCUUAAAACCACUAAUGGUAAGAAAGUAAAGGAAAAUGUGUUAGUCGUGUUACAAGGGAAAAAAACUAAAGCCAAGGUGAACCAACAGACUUUGAAAGAUUUAAAAGCUAAAAAACAGGCUGAGAAGCCUGCUAUCAAAAUUGAUGACGACGAUGAUGAUGAAAGUGAAGAUGAUGAUGAUGAUGAGGAAGAUAAUGAUGAUGACGAUGAGGAAGAUGAUGAUGAUGAUGACGAAGAUGAUGAUGAUGAAUGAGUGCUAUAUGUGUAAUGUUUUAAGGAAUAAAAUUUGUGACACUAAAAUAAGUUAAUGUGUUCAUUUAAGGGUCCAUGAUUAUGGAUCUGAACUAUUGAAGUAUGUUUAUGAGGACUGGUAUAUGAAACUGAUAAUUGUGUGUGUAAUGAGAUAGGAGUCAUUAUAUGUCCAGUCAUGAUAACCAUAAACUCCAUCAUUUCAACAAAAUUCAGGCUCAGAAUUCAGAAUUGUCUAUGAAUGUAGUCCAGGAGAAAUCUAAUGAAUUGCCCUGACGAUAUUAUUGAAUGGUUGUUACCAAAUAAGUUUGAUCAACACUGAAUUAAAUGAUUGUCAUUUUCAAAUAACAGUCGUUUGUAGUUAAUGACAAUAUUCUGUGCUUAAAACUUUUUGUUAUUUUAGAACAUAAUUAAGGUAUUUUGUUGUAAGAAAAUUCAUAAAGUCAUUUAACUGAUAUCAUCUCUGAUAGGAGAUGAGCUGAUUGCGAUCUUAGAAUUGCAUUUUUGAUAUAUAAUAACAUAACCAAAUUUUCUUUUGAGAUAACUCGUUAUAUAAGUGUUCUGUAUGUUUGUUAGUGAAGAGAGUUUUUAUUGUUUUGUUCAUGAUCGUCAAAAACUUGGUCACUUAUGAUUAUACUUUUUAAAAAUGUCUGUCUUUAUGGUAAAAUAUGGCUAGUAGUUUCUAACAACCUUAAUAACAAUAUACUGGUUGAUGUAUUUUUAUUUUCUUUUUGUAAAUAUAAUUGACAUCUAGUAUCAAGUUAUAUAUUAAUCAAUUUGAACUAUGAUCUUGCUUUUGUCAUAUUAAAAUUCAGAAAUAAAGCAUUUUAAGAAGUUU